AUGAGACCCAACUACCUUGCGAAGUUUUUGCGUGUCAAGUACGGCAAGCUUACUUGUCAGGACGAUGGAGUCAAAAAUAAAAUAGCGAAGAAUACUUCGUCACUACUUUUCAGGUACUUGUGCGCUAUAUGUGAUAGUUACGGUAGAUGCAAAGUGGGCCUCCACCAAGCUGAGGGGACCGCAACAGAAAUGGCAAACCUGAACUGGAAACCAUUUGUCUAUGGGGGGAUGGCCUCUAUCGUCGCCGAAUUUGGUACCUUCCCCAUCGAUCUGACGAAAACACGCCUGCAGGUGCAAGGCCAGUCCCAGUGCAUGGAGGUGCGAUACAGGGGCAUGUUCCAUGCCCUGCUCAGGAUUGGACGAGAGGAGGGCAUCCGAGCCUUGUACUCUGGGAUCUCGCCUGCUCUCCUAAGACAAGCCUCAUACGGAACAAUUAAGAUCGGCACGUACAACACACUUAAGAAGCUGUUUGUAAGCCGCCCUGAAGAUGAGACCAUGGUUAUCAACGUAUUCUGUGGUGUGGUGUCUGGAGUUCUGUUCCUCCUCGUUAGCAAACCCCACAUGAUCAAAAAGAUUCGCAUGCAGGCUCAGGGCAGCCUGCUCCAAGGCAGCAUGAUGGCCAACUCAUCAACAAUCUACCAGACAGAGGGAACCAGGGGUCUGUGGAGGGGUGUCAUCCCCACAGCACAGAGGGCAGCCAUUGUGGUUGGUGUUGAGCUCCCUGUUUAUGACAUCACCAAGAAGCACCUGAUUCGAUCUGGUCUCAUGGGAGACACUAUUUUGACUCAUUUCAUUUCCAGUUUUGCUUGUGGCCUGGCAGGGGCACUAGCUUCUAACCCUGUGGAUGUGGUGAGGACACGGAUGAUGAACCAGCGAGUGCUGUCUGGGAACUUCCUAUAUAAAGGCACACUAGAUGGACUCAUGCAGACCUGGAGGAAUGAAGGCUUCUUCGCCCUCUAUAAGGGGUUCUGGCCCAACUGGCUGCGCCUGGGGCCCUGGAACAUCAUCUUCUUUAUCACCUAUGAACAGCUGAAGAAGCUUCCAUUAUAGCUGAGCCAGUGACACUUCAUGGGCUAAAAGCAUAUGUGUGAGUUGGUGGAAGGGAACACACUGCAACCCUUCAGUCUUUGUCCUUCCUGAAUCGUUCAUUAUACUACUUCUGUCACUCAUCUCAUGUGCAUGCUAUUUAAGUAUCAUAUUUGUUUUUGUUUUUUUUUGUUUUUUUGUUUGUUUGUUUGUGUCCUUGCACCAGCGCCCUGCUUUUUGUAUCUUGGCAGCAACAUUUAAGGUCAACAGUUGGAGCACAAACCUUGUUGGGUUACAGGUGGAAAUGCUUAUUAUAUCUGAUUAUGCAGUGGAUGGGAGACCAUGAAGUGGUGACCGAUUCAAGUUAAGUUCCAGAGAAGCCUCACACUGACUAAGUGACCUAAUUGUAUUUGAAUAUUCUAAGUGAAAUCCCUCAUUUCUGAGGUGAGUACUAGCAAUGCUACGUUGUGCAUAGUUAAUCGGGUAUUGCUAGGUUCCGUGUGGAUACCAUAUGGGUCUAAUGCACUUACAGUGAAUAUACUCCAGUAUAAUAGUCCAGUAUGUUUAAAUGAAUAGUUUAUUAUGCCCAGAUCAACUUGCCAGAGUACCUUACUGUAACCUGUAGAGACUGAGGAAAAACUGAUGCCAGUAUUUAACUGUUACAGGCUGUACUUUAGGAAAGUGUAUCCCUAAGAUAAUAUAAUCACUAGUGGGUGCUAUGUUGACAUUGCAUCUUUCGCCUGAGAACUCCAUUUGCUUCACAUAACAUGCACAAUUGGCACUCCCACAUGUCUUGCAGACACUUGCUCUUAGUUCAGCAUUACUCACCAUUAGGGUAUCUGGUUGUUUUGUCUUUCAUCAAACUUCAUAUGAGACAGUAGAGCAAGAGAGAUUUUCCCUAGAACAUGCACAGAACUGAAAGCACUCCUGACACGUGGGCUCCUGGCUGCCUUUUGUAGGAUUUGCAACUAUACCACCAUGUGUGUAUGGGAGUUUGUAUACAGACAAGAACAUGUGAAAUAUAGAGUAGAAUAUUUUGGUAGGCAUGAUAAACUGUACAUAAUGCUGUUAUACAUUCGAAUGUACUAGGGUUUGUUUUAACUUUUUAAAAUUUUUUUUAUUUUAUUGGUAAUCAAGAUCAAGGCUCUCCAUAAAAGAUGUGGUGUAUCGAGCUGACCUCAUUGCCAAAGUCUCCUGUACUGUACAGAACUGCAUGGUUGCUGGUAGGAUUUCAAAUUGACACAUUAUUACGAAUGUACUGUUACACAUUCUCUACCGUUUGGUCACAAUGAUUUCAUGGUCAAACCUUUUUGUUUGUUUUAAUAUAUACUUGUAUUCUGCUUGACUCUUGGUUGCCGGCUACCAAAUGGGAAAAGAGCUACAUUUAAGAUUUAGGGGUAAUAACAAAUGCUAAUAACUUUGUCUGAUGUUUGACAAGUCAAUUUGGGAACACUUAGAUGAGUUACAGUGACAUUAUACAGGCCAAGUUCCCUCCUCUAACAUUUAAAACCAAUUUAUAUCUUGGCUCCUUUCUUUACCAAGUCAUAUUCCAUGUUGUUUUCUCUCAAACAAUUUAGCCAGUGUGCCUAUUUCCAUGUGCAACCAAAACCAACAAACAGACACCCAUAUGGCAGUUCACACUUGUAUCCCCCCCCCCACUUGAAUAAAUUAUUAUUGUUGUUUAUUAUUAUUAUUAUUGUUGUUGUUGUUAUAAUUAUAAUUAUUAUUAUUAUUAUUAUUAUUUUCCCUGCACUCUUAGUUGUUCCAAAACCUAUUUUUAUUUGGAAUCUGUGACAUUGUAUAGCUUUUUAAAUCUUUCAAAACCAAAGGACUUUUUAUUUGUUUUAGUUAAAAUAAUGUAUUACAUACAUGUUACUGAUAACCUAGGAAUAUGCAUUAUACAAAUACACAAGUGCAUCUCAGUGGUUUCUAAGUCUCCCAUUGUACUAGGGUAUUGAAAGGACAUUUUAUUUGACAGGGUUAUUAAAAUUCACUUAAUAUUGGCCAUAAAAGGGGGGGGGGGGGUGUAUGAAAUGGAGGAUGAGGAUGCGUAAUGGGUCUUGAAUUUAAAAAGCCUUGUGUAAUCCUGCAUGGAAAAUGUGGAUUUUGGUCAGCAAAAAAUGUAGUAAUCACUUAAGGCCUUUACUUUCAGUGUUUUUUUUUUUGUUUGUUUUUUUUUGUUUUCCAUGCGCUGUGAGCCCUGUCAUAACUAUUUGCUGUAUUACUUCUCUGGCAACUGUCAUUUCACCUAGCAAGUUCGUUGUGACGUUUGACAGUAUUUGGCUAUGAUGAAAAUGAAAGUUUAUCAUUUGUUGCUUAAUGAAGGGUAUAAAAUUGGCUCUUUUCUGUGGCUGUUUUGACUUUGUAUGAUGAAGUACCCCUGCCAAUAAAACACAACAUCAAAUGUU